UUAUUUGAAUAAUAGAGACAUAUGCAGAGCCAUAAGUUUUGGGUCGUGUGUCCUAUUGGUGGAGGAAUGCUUGUUACCUACUCCUUUUUAAGUUCCCAAAUUCCCCCAACCCAACCCAACCCAAACGUAUCAGAAUAAAGUCCUCUCUCUACAACAGCUGCAACAAUUCCACACCCUCAAAUGGAGAGGCACAAAUGCAAGCUCUGCUCCAGAACAUUCUCUAAUGGCAGAGCACUCGGUGGCCACAUGAAGUCUCACUUAGCCACCCUUCCUCUUCCGCCCAAACCCCAGCCUUGUAAUUCCUCUUCUUGGGAAGAUGAAGAUGAAGAUGAAGAUGAAGAAAAGGCUCUGAUUUAUUAUGGGCUGCGAGAGAAUCCAAAGAAAUGUUUCAGACUCGCAGAUCCCGAGUUCGACACGGGCUCCGUCGUUCAAGACAGAGAGAGCGAGACCGAGUCAAAGAACCCAACAGGCCGACGAUCCAAGCGGACCCGACGGCCCGCCAACUUGGACCAGCCCAAGAGGCCCAAACUGAGCUUCAUGGAGUCGCCAGAGCCUCCCGCCCUCAGUUCGGUCUCCGACACUUCCCCCGAGGAAGACGUUGCCAUGUGUCUCAUGAUGCUGUCCAGGGACCGGUGGAUUAACAACACCACCCAUGUUAACGUUAAUGCUGUCGCGGCCCAGGGAUCAGAUGAGAUCAAGCUCACCAGAGUCCGCGGCAACCACCACCGCUGUCACGGCUGUCACAAAACCUUUCGAUCUUCACGCGCAUUGGACAGUCACACAAGCGUUUGCCAAGGCUUGGGUAACCAUAAUAAUAAAAUCUACCAAUGCCCCUUUUGUUCUAAGGUGUUUGGGUCCGGUCAAGCACUCGGUGGACACAAGAGAUCUCACCUUGUGCCUUCUUCCUCCUCAAACCUUCAACUCAAAGAGAGCUUCAUAGAUCUCAAUUUGCCUGCUCCUGCUGACGAAGACGACCUUAGCGUUCUUUCUGAUGCAUGAUUUGAUGUUUUUUUAAUAGUAGGUGAGACCAAUAUUUCAUUGUUUGCUAUAUCAAAUGCUUUUGACAGUACAAUUAUAA